UGCUAAUUAUUAUGUAAUCAGAAUUCUAGUAUUUCGCUGAAUUAUAUGCUAACUUGUCUAUCUCUUCUUUCUAUAGUUAAUGAAUCUUCACUGCAGAUUCAUGCUUGAUAACAUAUGUUGCAUAUUGAUGUAACAACGUGCAAUCAGUCCAUACUUAGUUCGACGUUCGUUGAUUAAUUAUUAAGAAUUGCGAUUAACUUGAUCGAUCGAUCAAUUUUCAAUUGCAUAUAUAUAUAUGGUGAAGGGAAAUCGAGGAAUGGUUCGAUAAAAAUAUUUUAUCACAUUAAAACAUUGAAAACACAAUAGCUUAUGUUGAUCUUCGUCAGUUUUUAAUUAAAAUUGUUGAUCGCUAAUCGUCAGUUCUUUCGAUUGAAGUUGCAUUAAUUUCAAUUUGAUAUAUCGAUUCAAGAGUGGACAGAGAAACAAUGAAAAUUAUUAUACAUGAACCGGUUCUAUUUAAUUCUGUUUCAAAGUUGCAGUUAUUUCUGUGUUGUAUUUUGCUUGAAAAAAAACUGCGUACUCGGUAUUUACUAUUGAUGUUGAAGAUAUUUACUCGUCCAUUCUUAAAAUCAACGAGACAAAAACGAUAUAGACAAAUAUCUAUUAUAAGAUACAGCAUAGACAAAUGUCUAUUGUGAAAACGUUAGUCAUUGAUGACUGACAAUGUAAAAGAAAAAAAAGAAAAACGAUGUUAGAAAUUAAAACUUUAAAAUUGCUAAAAAAAAAAAAGUAAAACUACGUAUAAACGUCAGUCACUGAUGACUGACGAUGUAAAAUAAAAAAACGAAAAACGAUGUUAGAAAUUAAAACUUUAAAAUUGCUAAAAGAAAAAAAAAAUAAUACUACGUAUAGAGCUGGGCGUUUACGGUGUUAAGUGAAUUCUAUUGACAAUAAACUAUACGAUCGAAGGCAAGCAUAUUCCUAAUAUUUAUCGACCCGACAUUGACUUUUCUUGUUUCUCCAUUGUACCGUUACUUGUUGGACAGUAUUGAAGAAUCGUUCAUUACGUUUGCGACUGAUAUAGACAUUAAGCCAAUAAAAUGAUCGAGUGCUUGAUUGCGUUAUUGUUAACUAUGAGUAUAAUCGCGAACUGUUAUAUUGGGUCGGUUUGCUGCCAUAAAAUAUUGGAAGAUAGAAGCAAGUUUAUAGAUAACGAGUCAACUUUAAUUCAGGAGCAAAUAUCUCUGUCUCCGUUACGAAACGUCGUCUCCAAUGUGUCAGAUAGAAAAAAUAGUUCUCUAAAUUCGGGCGAAACUAAGAGAACGAAACAGGUUGUGCAACAAUCCCUUGAUCAAUGCAGAAACAGUCAAUUAGACAGUAUCACAAAUGCUACAUCGGAGGUUUGUAAAAAUGUAAGAAUAGAAACUCAAGCCGACGUGCAUGCUACGAAAUGCACAUCGACGAAUGAUUUUACUGAGUCCCGCCAUGACAACGAUAAUUCUUCCAGAAGGAAUUACUUAAUCUAUGAAAAAACGAAGAACUUUAAGCUGAAGAAUUUUAUGAUUGGCAGAAUAUAUCAGUUAAUCUACUCAAGGCGCAAAGACUUAAAAGCUAAUGAGAGCGGCCGAAGGAGAAAUCAAACGGUGAACAUUCCUCUUCAAAAACCGAGCUACAUAUCACCGAUUUCACUCUCACAGACAGGAACUUACAAUCUGUUGACCUCUUCGAAGAUCAGUAUAAGUGACACGAGCUUGAGACCACCGAAUAACGAGGUGGUCGCGAACAAUGACAAUAAAAUGAAAGGGAAUACUGAGUUUGUGGAACAAUUGCAGAACGACCCGAGUACAAUUUCCGAUUCAACUGUUCGUAAUGAGCCGAGCUCAACGAUGGAUCAAACUCUAGACAAAAGUAAAAGAGUGUCUAUUGAAACAACUAAGGAAAGUAUUGUUAUUUCUAUUAAGUUUUUUGGAUACGAGAACAGUAUCGCAGUGUCUCAGACGAAAGACGAUAGUUUAUUCUGCGAGUGUCCGUUGGUGAAAUCGUUUAACAAUUUUCUGGGAAUGUUCAAAGACAUUUUCGUGGAAUUGUGUGGAUCGCAGAAGGCGUCGAAAAAUCCUGUACCUCGUAUACAAAUCACUGAUUAUUCAAGACCGUUGAACAAUUCGAGAGAUGAAACUUCGUACUGGAUGCUUCCAAGAGAUACAAACAGAUCUGUUGGUAACAAAUGAUUGUUAGAUAAAGAAGAAAACGUACCCAGUAGCAAACUAAUACAAAUAAUAAUUUCUUUUCUAUUCUGCGAACGAGAAUCUCAGCUAUGAUUCUUGGAUACCAAAAAAAAAAAAAAUUAUUAUUUAUACAACGUACGGAUUUUGGUAAGAAUUCCUGCAACUUUGUUUUUAAUUUGUAAUUAGAUUACGGAUUAGAUUUUUUGUACGUUCGUGUGAUAAGAAAGAUUCGAUCGAAAUAAGAAUAAAAAGAAAAUCUAAGUAAACUGUUGUCAAACUGGAGUGCUUCUUAUAACACCUGUGUGAAUGUAAAAUAAUUUUUUAUUGAGGUAUAUUUUUAAAAAUAUGUAUUUUUAAAAAUCCGUAAUC